ACUCCCAUUUCGUCUUCACCUUCGCCUUCAUUCUUCGUGUCCCAGCCUGCUUUCGCCAUCGAACAGCCUGGGCCCAAAUGUUCCACCUCAAACCCCCCUAGCUGUCACUUCUUCGGCGUCAGAAUCUCCUCGAUCACGACUGCUCCUAGAACCAACUCAUCCUACCCACCUCCCACCGCAUGUCUGGACUGCCAGACCCCAACGAUCCCGUCUCCGUCGCUGUUUGGAACAGAGCAGCUGCCAGUCUCGUUCGCGAGACGCGCCUGAGAAUCAUGACUUCGUCAGCGUCAACAGCUACGCCAAUGAAGCACUCGUUUGAGGAGCGCGUCGAUGACGUGAAGUCGCCUAAGAGCGACAUCAAUUCACUCAUCUUCGAUUACCUGAUGAUGGAAGGCUACCCCAAUGCUGCAGCAAAGUUCAGCAAGGAGGCCAAUCUCCAGCCACAUCAGGCCGACGACACGAUCCAACUGCGUCAGCAGAUUCAGCACUCUAUCCAUAUCGGUAGCGUGCAGUCAGCAAUAGAGGCCUUGAAUGAUCUCGAUCCUGAGAUACUGGAUCGCGACCCUACCCUGCACUUCGCCUUGUUGCGUCUGCAGUUGGUCGAGCGCAUCCGCUCCUCGACCGCAUCGUCGGACGAAAUCGCUACGCUCGAGUUCGCCCAGACGCAUCUGGCCCCUCGCGCCGUGACUGAUCCUCGAUUUCUCAACGAUCUCGAAGAGACCAUGGCCUUGCUAGUGGUGCCGCGUAGUAGCCUGGAGCCCCAGCAAGCCGCCAUUCUUCACCCUGAUCUGAGGAGGGAAGUCGCGGACAACGUCAACAAGGCUGUCCUUCAGCGCAUGUCCGAGCGCCGAGAAGCGGCCAUUCGCGAGCUCGUGAGGAUGAGAGCCUGGGCUGAGCAGACAGCCCGUGCCAGCAAGAAGUCCCUUCCUGAGAGGUUGGACAUCGGCCUUGAUCGCCCUGAUGAGGGACACGAGUCCAUGCUCAUCACCUAGAGAGUAAAACUUUGCAUGCUAGGGUUAUCCCAUACUGCGGGAAUCGACGUUGCCAGCCCCAAGUGAUUGGGCAAACGUAGCUUCAUGAGGACUUCGGAAUGGAGCGGAUUAGACUUGACAGAGCACGAUAUUUUCGGCACUUCAUCAAUGAUACCAGAUCAACUAC